UGCGCGAGAUGCACUGUCAUCGUGUCAUGUCGACGCUCUCACGGAAUACGACUUAAUUUGCACCCUGUUGCUAAAGAGCGUUUCGCAAAGUUCAUUUACGCAGGGAAUAACUUUGCGGCGUAGUCUACGGGAUGAGUGCGGUGAAGCGCAGUGGUUCACAACGACAACUGAGCGGCUUCGGUGGACUCCUGGACUGGCGACCGCUCGACUUCACCGAGAGCGUUCCAUACGUAUUCUGUUGCACGCUCUGUGGCGUCGUGGCAGCGUUUCCAAAGAGACUCACGCCGUGCUGUCACGUAUUUUGCCCGGCGUGCUUUGACAGGAUUGCCGUGGGACAGCGAGUAUGUCCCUUGGACCAAACUUCCUUCACGGACAGCAUGAUCGAAUCACUAGACUCUGUUCACAGUGGCGUCAACUGGCUGCGGGUGCGUUGCCCAAACGCGACUCACGGCUGCACCUUCGUCACUGCACUUGGUGAGCUCAAGGAUCACUUCCCGAACCAGUGCGAUCACCACAGCGUGGUGUGCAGACGCUGCGGUCUCACCAUACUGCAGCGUAAUGCACUGAGCCACUACUCACUGGACUGCAGCGGUGUGCGCAAAGUUCUAUCUGCAUCCGAAGACGGGAGCUCCUACAGGGACGUUUCCUGCAGUCUUGGCCGCAUUCGCAAAUCUCGGUCAGCGAAUAGCCUCCUGGGUUCCCCAGGACCUACAGGCCGUUACGCUGACGCUCGCAAAUCAACCUCGGCUGAUACCGCAGCACAUAAGGCUCAGACUGGCACCGCCGUCAGAAUAUUGGCUCAGGAGAAACCCGAAACAUCUGUUCCUUCGGUCUCCAGCAGCAACAGCGGUGAAUCCUCCGUAGACUCGCCGCUGAUAAAGAACCAAGACUACGGAGCAUUGACCAAGCAGGACCGUCAGCAUGAUACCAACACUACGAGCCCACCAAAGAGAGCCGAAGGCGCCGCGAAGAAAUAUGACACCCUCUCUGAGAUUCAGCUCCUGGAUAUAGUGGAAUCGAUGAUAGCGCGGGCUUCUCAAAAGGCCUCGGACGCUGCCGUUAUCGUAGAAGUGGACGUGCAACCACCAACCAGAACCAGAGAAGGAAUGAGCACCUCUGUCGCUGAGGCUCAGAACAAGACGUCCGGCACAGAGGUCCCGACAUUAUCAUCGGCGGAACCGCUCAGCCACUCGUGUGGAGUGACGCUGCACGAUAACGUCGAGAAGCAGGACAGCGAAGAAGGCGUCAUCGCCGCUGCGUCUCUGGCCGGCUUUGCGUUCUGCUACAUCACGGGUCUUGUAGGCUCCGAGUCUCGUCUGGCGUGCGGGGAAGAGUUGUUCCUACGCAGCGACAGCUCGAAACUGGCCGAGUGUGCAUUCCGAGUGCACGCAAGGCUGCGCCGCGAUUCAGACGGGAACGUGCUCAUCUGCUUCACGCUCUGCAUAUGCGGCGGAACUUGGCGCCAAGUUACCGAACUUGCUCUCUCCAAAAGAAUCAACCUUGUUCUUGUGCACCCGUGGAACCAAGCGCAAAACGAGCAGCUGCGGCUGUGUCUAAAACGGGAUGCGAUGCCAAGACGCAAGACAAGAAACCCUCUUGGGCGGUGGGACUUCUGGACUCCCACGACCGAAAUGAAGCUAAGGGAACUCGCAGCCCGCGGGUUCGUCUCCAGUGGUGCCCUCUGCGUGGCACUACAGAUGGAGUGAGCAACGUAGCAUGCGUAUUUGGAAGGGCGAAAACUAUAUCCGGGCACUAUGGAACGGCGGGGGCGGGGGGAUGAAUCUUUUGUUUUCUCCACAAUAAUUCAAGGGACCGCAGCGUCUAGGAAAAGCGAUAAAUAUUAUUAACCUUUGCAUUUCACGCUAUCAUUUACCAGGUAUAUGAGUUCAAGUGGUUUUAGCGCUCUCGCUGUACUAUAUUGAUGCAGAAUUUUGAACAUGAUACAAAAAAUGGUGA